AUGAAAGGGUGGGAGAAACCUAUCUUUGAGUUGCACGGGCUGCUAAAAUCUGUAGAAAAGAAUAUCCCAAGUAAAACUCCCCAAGUGCUCAUGAUUAGGGAAGGAAAAGUCAAGAAGAAAAAAGGCAAGAACUUCGAGGGAAAGCCACAAGCUGCCAAGGGCAAAGGAAAGAAAGCUCCUCAAAACCCACCACCCAAGAAGAAGGAAAAGGUUGCCAAAGAUGACACAUGCUUUGAGUGUAGAGUUGUCGGGCAUUGGAAAAGGAAUUGUCCUAAGUACCUUGCAGAGCUGAAAAACAAGAAGGUCGAGGAAGGGGUUCAGAAAGAGUAA